UUUCGAGACAUAUACCAAGCAGAUUCUGAAGGAUGGGAAUUGUCAAAAGAUCUGAGAAGUCAUCUUGGACAUUUAGAAUCAGAACUUCAGUUUCUAAGUACGCUUACUGGCCUCAGUAUAAGACAUUACUCCAAGAAGACAGAGGACCUAACGAGCACUGAGAUGACAGAAAAGUGUAUAAAGAAAGUUCUGCAGAGACACAGAUUAUCCGGAAAUUGCCACAUGAUUACGUUUCAACUUGAAUUUCAGCUUCUGGAAAUCCAGAAUGAGGAGAGUUUAUCUUCUGUUAUUACUGACCUCAGCAUAAUAAUGGAACCCACCAAAUAUUCCGAAUUAAGUGAAUUUGUGUCUAGAGCAGAAGAAAAAAGAGAUCUGUUUAUGUUUUUCCGAAGCCUACACUGCUUUGUGGAAUGGUGUGAAUAUCGUAAGCGCACAUUUAAACGUUUCAAGGAAAAGUACCCAGAGACUGUGCACCUUUCAGAGGGGGCCUCCUCCAGCUGCAUGGGCAUCAGGACACUCAGCCGACCAGGGUUUGAACUAGUAAUUGUUUGGAGGAUACAAAUAGACGAAGAAGGGAAGGUUUUGCCAAAGCUGGAUCUUUUCACCAAAGUGCCGCUGCAAGCCCUGGAACUGGACAAGAACGGAGUCAUAGAAACUGCUCCUCUCAGCUUCCGAACCCUAACUGGGCAUGCUGGGCAUUGAAGCCACUCUGGAAAGUCUGAUUAAAUCACUUCACACAGAGGCAAGCAACUAGUUCCCAAACAGUGAACAACUACACGUAGAAGUAAGGUGCUGCACCUGGAGGCAUGUGAUUUUAUUGAAUAUAAAAAUUUGCUCUUUUCCACUUAGAAACCUUACCUCUAGAACAUGUUUAUACAGUUACGGCACAUUAUAUAUAAGUUGUCAGGACAUGAAAAAUAAAUACAGUUAUUUAAAUU